AUGGAGGCGGCUUACCCAGGGAUGUGGGCAUGUUUAGGACUAGUUUUGCUGACCUCCACUGUGGCGACCCAGAAUUAUAGACACAGCCCUCCCCAGAAGAUGUCCCCGGACACCAACAGGCCGAUGCAGUGUCCCUUGGCUUGUCGUUGUUCGCAGAUCCGGCCCGGACAUGAACUGCUGAGACGGUGGGAGGACCUCAAGUCUCCGGCUGAUAUCCGGAUGUUGGAAAACGCCAUUGAUCAAGGUCAUUGGUUCCGGAGAGACUUUUCGUCCGGGUCUAGCCGGGCCGUUUCCGGCCGGGACAUGAUGUGUAUGGGGUUGGUAGACCUGCCUUCGUCCAUACCUUCAGAUAUCAUUCGGCUGUCAAUUUUUGGGGAGGAAGGGCAGUCCAAUCAGUCACGUGACUCCAUUUCCUAUGGUCAUCCCCACAAACCAAGCAGUAUUGCCGCUCGAGGAACAGCUAUACACUCAAACAAUCAGCUGUCCACAAUCAGAAAGAGCGCCUUCAUGCGUUCACGUGAUUUACUGGAGCUGUCCAUUGUUGGGAAUGACGUCAGGUAUAUAAGUCCGGCCGAAUUUGAGUACUUGCCAAACUUGGUUUUGUUAAAUCUGCAGAAUAACAACCUGAAAUCGUUGGAAACUCAAACAUUCCAAGGACUGUAUCAUUUAGAAGAGCUAAGGCUGUCCAAAAACGGUCUUCACAUCCUCCCGUCUGGUCUGUUGGACAACGUGCCCAGGUUGAAGAAACUUUACGUAGAUGAAAAUCAGAUUCGAUCUCUGGAUAUAGACACAUUUCAUUCACUAAGGAAUCUCGAAAUUUUGGAUUUGUCCUCCAAUAACCUGACGUAUUUACCGAGAACUGUGUUUGCCAGAAACCGCCAUCUCCGAGAGUUAUCCAUGGAUGACAAUAUGUUUGAUGGCAUUCAGUCAGAUUGGUUCUCCCAUGCCCUUCAGCUGCAGAAGCUGUCGAUGAAUGGUAACAGGUUACGUAGCCUGGGGCCUGGAAGUCUCACCGUGGUUAGGAUGUUGUCAGAUCUGUCCUUGUCAGGAAAUCGGAUAAUCCGAAUACACGCCCGAACCCUGAACUCUUUCCACAGUCUCCGUAGGUUAGACCUCAGCUAUAACAACAUCGGUGCAAUACCAGCAGGAACAUUUCACGGGACGCCCAAACUGACGGAGCUAAAUCUGGCCGGCAACAAACUGAUUCUGAUCGCCAGAGAUGUUUUUGGUCGGCCGUCUGCCCUGAAAAUACUGGAUCUUUCGAACAAUAACCUAGAUACAGUUUCCAGAGAAAACUUCAAAGAUCUCAAUGCCUUGGAGAAACUGGAUUUAUCUGGAAACGGAAUAACGGAUUUAGUCAACGGCACGUUUUCAGGAUUGAGAAAGCUAAGGGAGCUAAAUCUAGCUAGAAAUAAAAUACAUGCAAUUGAGCAUAGUUCUUUAGCAGUUUCUCUCAGUAGAUUUGUGUCACAGCUGACUUGGUUAAACCUUCAACAUAACCAGAUAUCGUCAAUAACCGGUGAGAGCUUCCGCACUGUUCCUCAUUUGAAAUUCCUCAACCUGGCUUUUAACCACAUCACAUUCAUCGAUGGCAAAGCCUUCCAUUCUCAACAACAACUGAACACGCUGCUUUUGAAUAACAAUUUGCUUUCCUCCCUUCGGGGUGGAAUAUUUUCUUCCUUAAAAAAUGUUCGUCAUUUAAAUGUUGGUUAUAACCAGCUGAAGGAUCUAUCUGGCACUGUGUUGAAAGGCCUUACACGUCUUGACGAAUUAAACGCACAACAAAACCGCUUAUCGUUACUGAUGAAGGAUCUUUUCCAUGAAAUUCCUAAUUUGGUUAGGGCUAAUUUCAGUGGAAAUUCCAUCCAUUAUGUUAACAUGAACAGUCUCUUCCCGAGUUCUUCACUCAGUCAUUUGGAUUUAAGCAGAAAUAACCUCUCCGAAGUGAAGGCAUCCCCAUCUUUUGGACUACGCCUGAAACACUUAUCGUUAGCUGAGAAUCGACUUAAGAGUCUUCACAGUGACAUCAGCAACAGCAUGGCCACAGGAGGGGAGUUAAGUCUGGUGAAGAAUCCGUGGCUGUGUGACUGUCACUUGUCUUGGUUUCGAUAUCUCGUCCCCAUCUGGCAGCUCCAGCUGGCAGAUGCAGAUCAACUGGCAUGCGACCAGCCCAGAGAGCUUAGGGGACAGCGAAUUCUAUCCCUGGGCCAAUCUGACUUUACCUGUAGUUCUCCCGUGGCAAGGCAAGGCUCGCCCGCCAUCAGACCUCCUGUUAAGGAGCGCCAUAACUACCCAAGCCAAGACAGGACAAUAAUGGCACCAAAGAGUCGUUAUCCCCGUGUGCAUCAAAACAACCCCAUGUUAACCACUACGCUAAGGAACAUCCUGCCUCUAUCUACAUCAAAAUACCAGGGAGACCCGAGGUCAAAAUACCAGGGGGGUCCGAGGUCAAAAUACAGCAAUCGCAACGUCCUUUCAAACCAUAACGCAAAUCAUGGUUCCAAAAAGAAUCGUGUGAGAAAGAAAUCCGGAGUAACCAAGCCGCUUGUCGACACCUUAAGACGUGCGAAUAAACGCUUCAUACCGAUAUCCCCCAGGCCAAACAUAUUAGUGGACUCCCGUGAUCGUUCUAGAAUCCACAGUGGUUCGGGACUCUCAGGUCGGACGUUUGAUUCUAGAGGAACCACUACGCCUAGUCCCUGGUCUCGUUCUAACCGGAGGAAACCCUUCACCGAGCGGCCCAGACCAACGAUAUCUACCUCCAGGCCGACUCAGAGGAGCGAUGUCCAUUAUCCAGGGAGACGCCGCUGGAAAACAACACGAAGGCCUAUAAUACCAAGAGAGUUCACUACUAAGCGACCGCAGGCAAGAAGAGGUUUUUCUACCAGAGGCACAUCACAAAACUACUCGUCAAAGAGGGAGUUUGACAAAGAGAGACGUAAUCAGAAAGGGGAGUUUGGUGGACCACGGCUUUAUGAACACGACUAUGAUAAGGGCAAUAACUCAGGUACAGAAACAUGGUGGAACCCACCUUCUCUUUUUCACAGAAUACCUUCUCCCACGGUGGGGACAACGACACCUCGCAGACAGAUCGUGAAGGUGACGCCAAAAGUGCCAACUAGGAUCCGGAAUCCUAUCUACCCGCGGAAACCCAAUCGAUCCCCAAUCCCUAAUCCUCAAACAAAACCUCCAUUAAGAGACAGGGCGAACGUGCGCAACUUUAACCGUCUGUCAGCCCUAACACCCAGACCAGACAGAUUUCGUCGUCCUUACAGAGUUCCCAGCUAUACGUCAAGACCACUGAGUAACAAGAGCUUCAAGAAUGAGACAUAUGACACGGCAAAACCAGGCGCCAACCCGCCCUAUGACCAGAAACAACCCGCCGUUCGCCCAUAUGUCCUCACAACUCUAAAACCUAAACAAACAUUGAGGCCAAAGUUUCCAAACGUUUAUCCCAGAGGGACAUCCACAUCGACAACCAUUUUUCCACCAAAAGUGGUUACUCAGAAGACAAGGAAAACAACUGACACACGACGCAAGGAAAGCGUGUUGCUUGGAUGUCGCUUCCAGUCAAAGUGGAGAUUGCAUUUUGACAAAGCCCUCAUCAGACGACAUAAAUCAGAAGUUAAGAACUAUCAUGUGACUGUAUUGAACUCCCGCCGAAAGCCGACAUGUAAUGCGGUGCUGCUGACGGAUUGGUGGAUUCUGACGACAGCUUCCUGUGUGGAAAAGAAUUUGGCUAAUCCGGGUAAACUCCGAGAUCCCUCGUGGUCCCCUAACUACCAUGUGAAGAUCGGACUUCGGGAGCUGAACAAGGCGACGGGAAUUGUGGUACAUCCGGCGUACCUGUCACGCCGUUCUCAGGACCACGACUUUGCCUUGCUCAAGCUGAAAUACGACAGUCUCAUGACCAAAGCGUUCACGCCACCUUGUGUCAUGUCUUCGGCAUGGUUCCAGGGGCGUUCGGCUUGGGUGGUGCCAGGUGUGGCCUCGGCUCGAUUCGACAGCAAGAAACCUCGAUCAAAUCUCCAGACUAUGGCUGUGAAGGUUUGGGAGACUGAUUGUGAUAAAAACCCGGCCUCCUGUCUCCGUAUUACGAACAAAGAUUUGAAUAGUGAGUCUGCUUUCACUGAUGGAGCCCCUUUGUACUUGGGGUACUCCAAGUCUAGGUGGAGCUUGGUGGGCUUGGGUCGGUCGUCAACAACAGCUACGACUGUUAAGCUGAAGCUCUCCUCUCACGAAGAGACGUUAACCACAGAGCUUGAGCUCUCCCCUCAUGAAGAGACGUUAACCGCAGAGCUGAAGCUCUCCUCUCAUGAAGAGACGUUAACCGCAGAGCUGAAGCUCUCCUCUCAUGAAGAGACGAUAACCGCAGAGCUGAAGCUCUCCUCUCAUGAAGAGACGUUAACUGCAGAGCUGCACCUCUCCUCUCAUGAAGAGACGUUACCCAAAGAGCUUGAGCUCUCCUCUCAUGAAGAGACAUUAACCACAGAGCUGCUCUCCUCUCAUGAAGAGACGUUAACCGCAGAGCUGGACCUCUCCCCUCAUGAAGAGACGUUACCCACAGAGCUGGAGCGCUCCUCUCAUGAAGAGACGUUAACCACAGAGCUGCAGCUCUCCUCUCAUGAAGAGAUGUUAACCACAGAGCUGCUCUCCUCUCAUGAAGAGACGUUAACAGCAGAGCUGGACCUCUCCUCUCAUGAAGAGACGUUAACCACAGAGCUGGAGCUCUCCUCUCAUGAAGAGACGUUAACCGCAGAGCAGGAGCUCUCCUCUCAAGAAGAGACGUUAACCACAGACCUGGAGCUCUCCUCUCAUGAAGAGAUGUUAACCAUAGAGCUGCAUCUCUCCUCUCAUUAA